UCCGUGUGAGAGCACUGAGAGACCAGAGUGAGAGAAAGCGACAGAGAGAGAGAGUGAGUGAAUGAAGAAGAAGAAAAUGGACUGAAUAAAAGCGAUGCACAGAAUCAACGGGAUUUCCUACGUACUGACGUGAUCGACUGCUGUCGAGUCUCUGUGCUGGAUUUGACUGACACCUGCCCAGUCUUUGUUUUGUCUGGUUUCUCUGUGAUGCUGAAACAUUGAUGGAGGUACAACCAAGUCACCUGGUACGACUGUAUACCUGGCUGUAAGAGCUGCACUGACGGAGGUUGGCUAAGUGGUCACAACAGUGGGUGGACAGACCGAGUGUCCACAUCAGCGCAUGUACUGACCUUGGCACGGCUGUCGGAAGAACCGUUUAGCCAAUCAGAGAGGUGAGAGGCGAGGUGAGCCAAUCAGGGAGAGAUGUUGGGGCAGGGCGGGCAUGUGGCCCUGGCUCGCCUCUCAUUACUGCUUCUACUGUGGCGUGAAGCAACACUCAUCGAAGUCCCACAAGACCCAAAGAUCCAGCAAGACAUGAAGCAGCCCCCCACUAUAAUCAAACAGUCAGGGAAGGACUACAUUGUCGAUCCCAGAGAUAACAUCAUCAUCGAGUGUGAGGCCAAGGGCAACCCAGUGCCAACGUUCUCAUGGCGAAGGAAUGGAAAGUUUUUCAAUAUCGGCAAAGAUCCAAGGGUGACGAUGCGAAAGCGCUCGGGGACAUUGGAGAUCGGUUUCCGUAGCGGAGGACGACCAGUAGACUACGAAGGAGAGUACCAAUGUUUUGCCGCAAAUGACUUUGGAAUGGCUAUGACCAACAAAAUCCUCCUCCGGGUCUCGAAGGCUCCUCUGUGGCCAAAGGAGGUGCUGGAGCCAGUGGUGGUGACUGAAGGCUCCCCCCUAGUUCUACCCUGCAACCCCCCACCUGGUCUUCCUCCUCCGUUCACCUUCUGGAUGAACAGUGCUAUGAUUCCGAUACCGCAGGAUAAGAGAGUCUCCAUGGGUUUGAACGGAGACCUGUACUUCUCCAAUGUCAUUGGUCAAGACGCUCACACAGACUACAGCUGCAAUGCUCGCUUCCCCUUCACUCACACCAUCCAGCAGAAGAACCCGUUCACACUCAAAGUUCAGAACAAGGAACCAUAUAAUGAUACAUCUUACAAUGCUACUGACCCCUAUGGUGGCCGUAAAGUAGUGGAGACUACACCCACGUUCCUCACCCCGUCAGGCACUGAGAGCUCCAAGAUGGUGCUACGAGAUGAGCAGCUGCUGCUGGAGUGUAUCGCUGCUGGACUACCAACGCCCACCAUCAAGUGGUUUAAGAAGGGUGGGGACCUGCCAGGACACAAAGUGAAGUUUGAUAAAUUUAACAAGACCUUGAAGAUUGUCAGUGUGUCAGAGGAGGAUGCUGGGGCUUAUGUGUGCAUGGCUAACAAUCGUUUAGGCAGCAUACGCCACACCAUCUAUGUCGAAGUGAAAGCGGCUCCUUACUGGCUAGACAAACCUACAGACCUGGUGCUUUCCCCGGAUGAGAAUGGGCGGCUGGUGUGUCGCGCCAAUGGGAACCCUAAACCUACCAUUCAGUGGCUGAUCAAUGGACAGCCUAUAGAAACCUCUCCCCCCAACCCCAGCACACAGGUGUUAGGUGACACCAUCAUCUUCCGCUCAGUGCAGAUGGGAAGCAGUGCUGUCUAUCAGUGCAACGCCUCCAACCAGCACGGCUACCUGUUGGCCAAUGCCUUUGUCAGUGUUCUAGACAUGCGUCCGAGGAUGCUGGGCCCUAAAAACCAGCUGAUUAAGGUUGUUGAAAACAAUCGCACCUUCCUGGAUUGUCCGUUCUUUGGUUCCCCUCUGCCUGAGCUCCGUUGGUUUAAGAAUGGACAGGGCAGCGGGCUGGAUGGUGGUCAGUACCGCGUUUACAUCAACGGCACGCUGGAGAUCAAAAAAGCACGAGCAGAAGACGAGGGAACCUACACCUGUGUGGCCAGCAGCAUCCUGGGCAAAGCUGAGAACCAGGUUCGCCUGCAGGUCAAAGAGCCGACACGUAUCGUCCGAGCCCCUGAGCACGAGUCGGUCACCAGGGGCUCCACGGUUAGUUUCAGCUGUAAAGUGAAGUCUGACCCCAGCCUGCCUGUCACUGUGACCUGGACCAAGGAUGACAAGUUUCUCUAUUUUGGAUGGAGGCUGAAGAAGGACGAUGACUCACUGACCAUCAACAAUGUGAAUGAGGGUGAUGAGGGAACAUACACCUGCACUGUUAAAUCUGAGAUAGACCAGGACUCUGCCUCUGCCCGCCUCACUGUGUUAGAGGAAGCCUUCAACCCCUCAAUCUAUAGUGCCUUGCCUCCAGACCGCUCAGACCCUCCCACAGAUCUGGAGCUGUCAGACCCAGCAGCCCGCAGCAUUCGCCUCACCUGGAUCCCUGGAAAUGAGCACAGGAGCCCCAUCACAGAGUUCUUGGUCCAGUUUGAAGAGAACCGCUGGGAGCCAGGCAGGUGGCAAAACCUGUCCACUUACCCUGGGGACCUCAACUCUGUCAUCCUGCAGCUCGCCCCCUUUGUCAACUACCAAUUCAGGGUCAUAGCAAUCAACUCAGUGGGGCAGAGUAAGCCCAGCAACCCCUCACUCAGAUACAAGACCAGCGGAGCUGCCCCGGAUGCCAUUCCCAGAGGUCUCCGAGGAUGGGGUUCCAAAAACGACAACAUGGAGAUCACGUGGGAGCCUCUGCUAGAUCUGGAGAGAAAUGGUCCAAACCUGCACUAUAAUGUGUGGUGGAGGCAGAAGGAUACAGGGGAGGAGUGGAGUAAUGUGACCACAGAGGGCACCAAACAUGUUGUCCAGAACACAGAAACCUAUGUGCCUUAUGAGAUCAAAAUCCAGGCCAGAAAUGAUUUUGGACCAGGACCGGAGUCUAAUGUGGUCAAUGGAUACUCUGGAGAGGACAAGCCCACUGACGCUCCCAAAGACCUGCGGGUAUCAAAAGUCAACAGCACUGAAGUCAACGUCCACUGGAAAUCUGUGGACCCAAGCUCUGUCCUGGGAGAGUUCAAAGAGUACAGAUUGUAUUACUGGCGUGAGUCCAGUCUAGUCCCGGGUCUGUCGGUCAGGAUGGAGAACAAGACCAAAGGCUUCUACAGCACCAUGCCCGAGCCGUCUGCCACCCUCACUGACCUGGUGCCAUACUCUAAAUAUAAGAUGGUCAUGGUUGCGGCCAACAAUCGCUUUGAGGGUCCUCCCAGCAACCUAGUGGAAUUCACCACCAAGGAGGGAGUUCCUGAUGCUCCAAGGUUCUUCAGGAUCAACCGCAGGAGUUUUGACACACUCUACUUGGAAUGGGACAAACCUUUGGAGCCCAACGGCAAUCUGAUUGGAUACCAGCUCAAGUAUCAAACAGUCAAUGGUUCCAAGGUGGUUCAGUCACACCUGCAGGCCUUUCUUCCAAAUGCGACACACUUCACCUUGCGCAUGCCGGACCGAUCUGUCCACUACAAGUUCUUCCUGUCAGCACUGACUCAGGUGGGAACAGGCGAGGUCUAUGCUGAGGAGUCUCCACACUUUGCGAAUGAGGAAAACGUUACUGAUACUACAGGUCUAGUCGAGCUUACCGACGCCUCUGUGGCCUCACGUUUCACUCCUACUCCUACUCCUCUUGCUUCUCUUCCUCCUACAACCAUCACGCCUACAACUAUUAGCACCUCAACUACUACCACUCCUACUACUACAGCCUCUACUACUACUAUUACUACUACACUUUCUACUACCACCACCGCCACUCCAACUGAGGCGACAACGACCAGCACACCUCCUGUGCUGGUCACCACCAGGCAUACAGAUCAGAACGUGUUGGUGGUCCCUGGGCGGGAGAUCUGGAAUCUGACGGUGGAGCCUAACAGUAACUACGUUAACGUCAGCUGGAAACACAACUUCCCUGCUGGCAGCAGCGAGUUUGUGCUAGAGUUCACACUGGACAGCGACAAGACGGUGAAAGUUGUAUCAGUGAACCAACAGCCCCCUGUUAAAGUGGCGGAUCUGAUCGCAGGUGCCAAAUACCAGCUGAGAGUUUACUCCCAUGAACUCAACAGCAUCAGCAGCAAAUAUGUCACCUUUAAGACCAAACCAGCCUACAUAGAUCAGGUGGACAUCGCCACUCAAGGGUGGUUUAUUGGCUUGAUGUGCGCCAUCGCCCUCAUCAUACUCAUCCUCCUCAUCGUCUGCUUCAUAAAGAGGAGUCGUGGGGGCAAAUACCCAGGUGGCGCCUUUGUGACUGGUUUCGCAAAAUAUCUUGUGCGUGACAAAAAAGAUCUGCCCUUAGACCCAGUGGAUCACAAAGACCAGGAUGGAUCGUUUGAUUACCAAAAUGGGUCAUCUGUCCCUGACAGGAACGAAAAUGAAAACGAAAACGAAAACGAAAACAGCAGCGACGAGGACAACAAGCCUCUGCAGGGCAGCCAGACUUCGCUGGACGGCAACGUGAAGGAGAGCGACGACAGCCUGGUGGACUACGGUGAAGGCGGCGACGGCCAGUUCAACGAGGACGGCUCUUUCAUUGGUCAGUACACGGUGAAGAAGGACAAGGAUGAGACGGAGGGCAAUGAGAGCUCUGAGGCCACUUCACCAGUCAAUGCUAUCUACUCGCUGGCGUAGCCCCCUAGCAGCACAUGGGGGGGGACUUAGUGGCCCCUGCUUGAUUUGAUGGAGUUAUGAGAAACCACAGCACCACACACCAGACACAAACACUCCCACACAUGAAUAUAUUAGUCUAUGAAACACAAUAAAUGCAGAAGAAUUGGAGCAGGGCCUUGUCUGGAGACUAUGUGGACCUUCCCACUGAUCAUGAACAUGAAGAAACAAGGGAGUGGAAUACGACCACAGGCCUUUACUUUAUGUUUCCAGCUCUUGAGAAAAUGGGUGAUGUUUGGGAAAAGUGGACAGUGCUUGUUUUCCUCUGCCCUCUGCCGGCCCUUUACCCACACAAACUUGACGUGUGCCUUCGGGGCAGCUUCCAGUAUGUGGAGGCAUCAACAAGUGUUUGUCUAGAGAUUUUUCUUUGGUUUGUUCCUGCUCUGAACAUUUUCACUGCUUUCCUUUCGGAUACACCCCUCAUACCUCUGAAUACUCACACACACAGACACACACACUCGCCCCCUAUUGCAACAUAUCAGCUUGUUACCAUCAAUCUCAACUGGAUGCUGGCAGAUAUGUUUAUCAUAUUGAUAUUUAUGCAGUGAGAGAUUUGAGUUAUUCCACAGCUGGUAGACAAGUUAUUGAAUCUUACUGGAUGCUGUAUACAGUCUUGGCACACAUUUUAGUGCCCCGAAAAACUAUGCACUAUCACCUCCUCAAAACCACUUUGGGUUUAAUCUGGUAAGUAAAAGUACAUUUGAGUUUUUUGUUUUUUUUUUACCACUUCCAGCCUAAACUCAUAUGCUUUCAUUCACUUUGCCUUGUCUCAUAUGGUAGACAUGAUGUUCUUACCUCUAACCAUAUGUUAAAGUGCAGACGUAAAAUGGCUGCCGUGAUGGCCGACGACCAUUUUUGCCACAAACAACAGACGUUGCUGUCAUGUGUUUUGAAUCGUUCCCAUGUUUAAAGGAUGACAAAUGAUAUUUUGCAGUAUCUCGAGCAGGAGCAAGGAACACCAGUUGUUGGUGAACACCAGUAGACCACAACCCAGGGAAAUCUCCUAGUUAGCAUGUAGGCUAAGGCUGCACACAUGUCCAAUAGGACAGUAACAUGUUGACAGCUGGAGCUGUGAACCUUAAAUUAUUAUCAUUAUUAUUAUUAUUAUUGUUAUUAUUAUUAUUAUUAUUGUUAUUAUUAUAUCGGUCUCUCAUUUAUUAACAACAUGAAAAAGAAAGCAGCCUGUGUUCAGUAUGUUUUAUUGCAAAGUUAUUAGUGAUCUGAUGAUUAAUUGUAAUUAGUUUAAAAUUGUCAUUCAUAUCACUCUACGGGCAGCAUAUUAUCACUUAUCAUUGUUGACAUUAAUUGGGUUCAGACCCCAAACAAUCAACACAAUAUGCCAUCACGUUUAAAAGCUCAUUGUCGUUCUCUCCUGUGGGACAUGAAUGCAGCAUGAGAGGAUGGAAUCCUUAACGUGUGUUCACACUAAAAUAUUGCAUUGUUAUUUACACAAACUGAAUGACUGGAUUGUAAUUACAGUCUGUGUUUACUUGACCUAAACAGCCAGUGUACACACACAAGUUGAAAGGCCAACUGUAUGCACUAACCAGUUAUUUCUGUUUUUUGUUUUGUUUUUUUUAUUCUGUACACCUCGUUCACGAUUUUGUGUUGGUGACCCGCCUUUUUUUUUAAAUCCAAAACCGCCUUUACCGAGGAGACUGCACCUCAUUCCUUCCCCUCUUUUUUAAUAAAAAAAAAUGACCAAGCAUUACAAUGGAAAAAAUACUGCAUUUAGAACCAAAUAGGAGAAAAAAAUGACAAUAUUUACAGCAUGGAAAUAUAUACAUUCAAUUUACAGCCAGUUUUGAAAUGAAAUGCAUAGGCUGAAUUUUACGUACUCGCAGAAGAUGUAAGAAAAAGUAAUAUAGUUUGAGUAACAGAGUUAAGUUUUAAGAAGUCAACAAGCUCAGUAUUCCACACGCCCACUAUCACGUUGUUCAUGUCGUCAAUGGACUGAUUUUCAAUGAUUCACUCAUGUUUUUCUUUUGUACUACAAUCUGUCUAAUUGAAGUUAUUUGCAGGUCAACAGGGCAAUUAGACCCUCCAGUGCUAAACACAUAGAUACAUAAUUGCAGCUGUGUUUUACAUUGCAUUUUAAAUAUGUAUUUUAUAUUUCUAUUCAUGAUAUUAUGUUGAUCGUAUUAAUAUAUUAGCCGUUCAUUUGAUUAUUGUUAUAUACGCGUGUCUGACAAGUUUAUUCUAGUUUUCACACACCAGAAUUAGCCAAAGUCGAGAUGUCUCCAGAAUCUGUCGUCGCUUAUCGCAAGGGGCGUCCAGCUGAAACGUAUGUACACGAUAUUUUUGUAGCAGCUGGCUUUUUCUGUAAACAAAAAACGAGUAAAAUACCUGUCAUCGUGUCGACAUGUUCAUUGUGCUGCUCUUCUUGUACUCAUGUUGUACUACUGUUACUCUGUGUUGUUUUCUCAGAUUUGUGUAACAUAGCAUUACUACCACGCAGGAAAUUAACACUAUUAUUAUUUAUUUAUUUUGCAUAUACUCUGUACAUGUAGGUCUCUUGUCUUGUAUCUCUGUAAAUAUUUCAUAGUCGCCCCCCCCGAGAAAAAAAAUGCUUUAUUUGAACAGAAAUCAAAGAUUCACACAUUUGCGUCCACCAAGCAAAUAGGACAGGUGUAUCUUCAGUGUGUCGUGCACCGCUGUAAUGUAGCUUUGACUAACGUUUGCACUCUACGAGAAUCACCUCUCACUCUUUGUUGCCCUUUGCUUUGAUAUUGUAAUAUAUGGUACUGGCCGUGACACGCCAGUCAUUUGCUUGAUAAUGGUUUGAAUUCUAUAUUGUGAAAGAGGAAUAUGUUAGAUUCUCUACGAUGUAAAUACGUCCUGCAAUAUCCCAUUUGUAGCAUUUGUUGCAGAGAAACUGCUAAUAGGCCUAAACACGUGCAUUUACUGUUGGAAGUAUUGGAACAAACCUUCUUCUUUUACACUGUUAUUUCCAAGACUGUGUCCAUUGAUUCUUCCCAUAAUGUCUUUAAUGCCCAUAAUUCCACUGUUGCAUAGCUGUGUCUCUUUUCAGAGGUCACCUCAGACGCUAAGAUUCUUGUUUCCAUGUCCAUUCUGGUCCAUAUGACAUCAGUCGGCCACUGUCCAUAAAAGUCUGUGUGCAGCUUAAAAUGUUUUCAGACUAUACAUUUUGUACAUGAGAGAGUGUCCGCCCAUUUAUCUGUCCACUAUAUUGUAAACAAAUGUUUGUUUUUUUCAUGUCUGCUUUCCACCCUGCAGUUGCUUCCAUGUCCAAUUUCACAGCAGGGCCUUAAUAAUGGAAAACCCGAGGCCUUUUGCUACUUUGGUGAACCUCCGAAGGCUUUGUUUGGUUAGAAAUGGAACCAGGCUUUUGUCCUUUAUGCAACCACGUGCUUAAUUGUUAUUAAUUAUGGUUCAUCUUUGUCCUGUAGUGAUCUUCUCCCUGAAUCCCAAUUUGACAAAGUGCCGGCCUGUGUUUGGUGCAGUCAUUGUCGUUGUGAUGUGAUAACAAUCCAAUCAUGAUCAGCAGCACCGCUGCUAAUCCCUGAACACAAACUAGAACUUGGACUUAGCGUCACUGCUCACUGCAGGUGGAAAACAGUGGAAAUGAAACCAGUUAGUGGGCUGGAAUUUUGCUGUCAGCUCUCAUUAUAAACUGUGCAUCCUGCAGUGGCUUCUUUAUACAGUAUGUCAUAUAAUUUCAUGUUGAUGUUGCCUGAAUGCACCAUUUAAUACAUACACAUACAUUUAAUACACGACUUGCUGUCAAAUGAUUUUCAGUUAUUGGGGAAGAAUUCUUUCCUCAUUAGGAAGUAUUUUAUAAGUGUCUUUGGAAAAGAUUCAACAGUCUGCAGACUUCAAGUAAAUGAGAAGCGCCGAAAGUUAAAAAACAGUGUAUGCCCUAAUGAGAGGUGGCCAUUUUUGCUUAGCCCUUCCAAAAAAAAGACAUGUCAGAUUCCCAUUAUUUCCUCCUUUACAAUCCUUCUGCCGAGCGUUUUAAAGCAAUGUCACGUGUUUUAUUCAGUCGGGUGUUUCCUCCGAUGCCAUUGUCAUGCAGUGUGUUCACUCUAACCUUGGUGAUCACAGUGGGGCGUUAAUUUGAGCACCACAGGAGUGCAGUGCUGACACAGAGGGAAAGAGAGAAGAAAAAAAAAGCACUGAGCAAUGACUGGAACAUAUAGGUACAAACAUAGGUCUGACCCCCCACAGGUGCAUCACAGCGGGAAAUGUUGCAAACUGGCUGUAUAACAAAGAAGAACGGACAACUUUGCAUAUUUGCAGAGGCGCAGCACUCUCCCCCAAACCCCCCCACCCAAGUUUUUUGUAUACAUCGAUUUCAGGUGCAUACAGAGCUGUGUCUCUUUCUACCGUCUGCAUUGUCUUUCACGGAGAAAAAAAAACAAAAGUGUCACCGUGUGCAGAUUUACUGCUUCGCUGGGUUUUAUUUCUAAAUGCUGCAAAGUCUAGAAAAUCCACCGGCGCACACACAAUAUUUUGCAACUGCUUUAUUUAUUUUUUUAUGACACGUGCUGUAUGGCUUUUUUUCCCGAUGGAUUCUCACGUUUGCAUUUCCUUUUCACCAUGUGUAUCAGAGCAGUAAAACUCUUGCUUCAGUGAGCUAAAAUUACAGCUUUUGUAAGGGACAUCUACUCAACAGAAAAAUUGCAUAAAUAUAUUCACCAUGUAUGCGUGUAUGAUGAGAUGUUGCAACUUCUGCUAGCGACGCCUUCUUUAUAGUAAAGCUAUCUUCUUUUCUCUA